AUGGCAGUAAAUGAGUACGGACAGCCUGUAGGCGAGCCCCUGGAUUUCAAAGUGCCACCUGUGCCCAAGCCGGUGACCCUCAAGGGACGCUAUUGUCAGGUUGUGCCCAUGGAUAAAAAAUAUGGGCCUGAGCUUUACAACAUCAACUUUGAAGGGUUCCCUGUCGAUGAAGUCAACAAACGUUGGACAUAUUUGCUGAGCGAGCCUCCUAAAACAGAGCAGGAGUACCUGGAUUGGUACGAUGAAGCUACUGACGCGAAGGACAUGUUGUUCUUCACCGUUCUUGACUCCAAGACCAACAAGCCAGUUGGUACUUUCAGCUAUCUGCGGAUUGAUCCAGGGAAGGGUAGUAUUGAGGUUGGCAAUGUCAACUUUUCCCUUGCUAUGAGCGGUAGUCCCAUCUCCACAGAGGCCCAAUACUUGUUGAUGAAGCACGCAUUCGACCUAGGCUAUCGUCGCUACGAGUGGAAGUGUGAUGCAUACAAUAUGCCCUCUCGCAAAGCUGCACUUCGUCUUGGUUUCACUUUCGAGGGAAUUUUCCGCAACUGGUUCCAUUAUAAAGGAAGAAAUAGGGACACUGCUUGGUUUUCUGUAACCGACAGAGAGUACCCUGCACUGGAAAAAGCCUUUCUCCAAUGGCUUGAGCCGACCAACUUUGAUUCGAAUGGUCAUCAGCUCAAGAAACUAGAAUAUUUCCGCUAA